GUCUACUCCUAUUAAACAGAUUCUGUUGAACUCUUGAAGGAAUGGAGUACAAGGACAAGGACCGGACUCGCGAGCGUGGGUGGAACGAUCCGCCGCCGAGCCUGCUGGGACUGAGCCUGGGCAAUGGCACUGAAACCGCUUCAUCAUCCGUGUCAUCUUCAUCAUCAUCAUCAUCAUCAUCAUCAGCAUCAGUGUCAUCGUCGUCGUCGAACGGUGCGCAGGGACUGACCGAUCCGUUUGCAAUGACGUUCGAGCUCGCUCCUGGCAAUCCCGCUGCCGGCGCUCCACCAGGCGUGGCUGGCCAUGGUCUGCUGUUCGAUUAUCAGGCUGCGCAUCCCUCGGCGCGGAGUGGCAGAGUCGCACGCGUCGACGGACUCGCGCCCACUGCUGCUCCGACUUUGUUGCCAGCGUCAGCCAGCAAUGGACCACCGCCGGCAUCAGGAUCAAUGCCGCCACCAGGACCACCCACGACCGGCACAUCUGCUGCAGCAUCAGCGUUGAUUGCCGCGUCAUCCGCGCCGGCUGCUCGAGUUGACCAAGCUGACUUGCGCAGCACGUUUGUUACACUGCUUGCACGGUGCCCAGAACCGCAACCGAAUGAUCCCAUGGCUGCUAAAAAGUCUCAUGACGAUAUGAAACGCCGUGUUGGAAUGCUUCUCGCCAAGUGUGAGGCCGAUCAGUUGAGCGCAUCAGUGGCCGCCGUUGCCCAGUGUCUUGCCACGCAACUAACGCAAGGGCAAUUCGACCAGGCUAGCGAGACGCACAUCGAACUCGUGACAAAGCACUUUGACGAGGCUGGACAAUGGAUUGUUGGUGUCAAGCGGCUAAUCAGCGAGCUUCGCCAGGUGGCAUCGCAGCAAGCGAGGUAGAAUGCCGCCAGUUUUCUAUUUGAUUAUGAUUAUUUUCUGUCAAAGUACAGUACAAUUCGAGCCAA